AUGGCGCCAAAACCUCAAGAUUUCGUGGGUUCAAAGAAAGAUGAGUGCCAGGUCUGUCUUGACGAUGCGGUUGUCAUCUCUGGUAUGUCAGGACUCUACCCUGACUGUCACAGUGUUAAGGAGCUCUCGGAUGUGCUAUACAAUAAGGUCAACCCUAUAUCUGCCGAAAAUCCACGUUGGGAAUACAAUCAUCCAGAGGUAAUUGACUCCAUUGGAAAAGCACCUGACAUAGAACACUUCGAUGCUCAGUUCUUCAAGGUGCAUUAUCGCCAAGCCUCUAGCAUGGAUUCCAUGUCUAGAAAGAUUUUGGAACAAUCUUACCAGGCUAUUUAUGACGCAGGUGUAAACUGUGAAUACCUUUCUGGCAAAAAAGUGGGCGUCUACCUUGGGAGCUCUUUUUCGGAGACUGAGAAGUCGUGUGUUUAUGUCAAUAAUAUUAAUGGUGGCUUGGGUAUUUCUGGAUGUAGUAAAGCUAUGUUCGCGAACCGUAUCUCCUAUUGGUUGAACUCCAAGGGGCCAUCAAUGGUUGUGGACCAGGCCUGCUGCAGUUCCUCUGUGGCUCUAGAACUUGCUUACCAAGCAAUCAAACGUGGCGAUUGUGAGGCUGCUCUUGUAGGGGGCUCUGUUCUAUGUCUUCAUCCACAUUCUUUCAUACAUUAUGGAAGAAUCAUGCCUUUAAGCAAGGAUGGAAAAACAAGAUCUUUUGAUCAGAAAGGAUGUGGAUGUGCUAAAUCUGAUGCGAUUAACGUAAUCUUCUUACAAAAAGCGAAAGAUGCUGUCAGAGUCUACGCAGAAUUGGUGCAUGUAAGAUCAGAAUUUACAUCAUUUGUGGAAGGCGAAGAAGGUCCAAGAUUUGGUUUCUACCGUAACCCAAAAGAAGUUGCUAACUUCAUGAAGAAGUUUUACGACGAUGCCAAGGUUUCACCGAAAGAAAUCGAAUUUGUUGAAGCGUUUGGUUCUGGGAUGGUGGAAGCCGAUGAAGCUGAACUAGAGGCUAUUGAUGAAGUUUUCUGCAAAGGCCGUACUGACUCGCUACCCAUCGGCAGUGUUAUGUCCAAUAUUGGUUAUAGUGAGGCAGCUUGUGGGAUAUCUUCUAUAACUAAGGUCCUACUGGGUUUUGAAAGAGGUGAAUUCGCAGCGAACAUCAACCUUGAAAUGCCACGGGAUGACGUAGCAGCAAUCCGUGAUGGUCGAAUUAAAGUGAUCACGGAUCAUUAUCCAACGAAUCAUGGCUAUGUUGCAGUCAACACUUUCUCAGUUAUGGGCUCAAAUGCCCACGUACUUCUUAAAGGACGUUAUAAACCAAAGGACAUACCCCGAUACAAAAGCAGCAUUCCCCACCUGGUUCUGAUAUCCGGGAGACAGGACUCUUCAGUGAGAAAGAUUUUCAACGAUCUAAAGAGUCGGCCAGUGGAUCCCGAGGAACUGGCUCUCUUUCGUAAUAUUCAUAAGGCCCACAUCGCCGGACAUUUGGGACGUGGAUAUUUGCUUCUUGACACAAAUGAAGACAAUGAAACGGUGACCCUAUGUGAGAAAUGCGAUUACUUCGAUAACGCCGGUCGCCCUCUCUGGUUCGUCUAUAGUGGUAUGGGAUCGCAAUGGACCGGCAUGGGUACUCAACUCAUGCGCAUUCCAGUUUUUGCAGCUGCAAUUGAGAAGUGUCACGGUGUGCUGAAGCCAAAAGGCAUAGAUAUUGUGGACAUAAUCACGUCACCAGAUAAAACAACCUUCGAUAACAUCUUACACUCCUUCGUAGGUAUUGCCGCUGUACAAAUUGGUCUCACAGAUGUUUUAUCAUCUAUAGGAAUCUUCCCGGAUAAAAUUAUUGGUCACAGUGUAGGCGAGUUGGGAUGCGCAUACGCAGAUGGCUGUUUUACAGCCGAAGAAAUGGUCCUUUCUGCUUACUGCCGUGGCCUUGUCUCCAAACAAACACCGUUCAUUAAAGGCUCCAUGGCUGCUGUUGGUUUGGGUCAUACUCAGAUUUCUAAACUAUGUCCACCUCAAAUACAAGUGGCGUGUCACAACAGUUCCGAGUCUUGCACCAUAUCAGGCCCUGUUGAUGUUAUGAAAGAAUUUGUUGCAAAAUUAACAGCUCAGAACAUUUUCGCCAAAGAGGUUCCCUGUUCCAACAUCGCGUAUCAUUCUCGUUAUAUUGCGGAAGCAGGUCCCGGCUUACAGAAGUACUUAAGUGAAAUCAUUACAAACCCAAAGCCGCGCAGUGAACGUUGGCUCUCCACCUCAGUUCCAGAAAGCAGAUGGGACGAGGAAUCAGCCAAGUAUUCAUCUCCAGAAUAUCACACUAAUAACCUAUUGAAUCCGGUCCUUUUCGAAGAGACAUCUCGCCAUAUUCCCGCUAACGCUGUGCUCAUAGAAAUAGCUCCUCACGGGCUACUUCAAGCCAUUCUCAAGAGAUCCUUACCCGAAAGUUGCCAGAACAUUUCCCUUACACGCCGAGGACACCCAGACAAUGCGAGGUUUUUAUUAGAAGCGAUUGGACAGAUUUAUAUGGAAGGCUACCACCCUAAGAUUCAAGAAUUAUAUCCGAAAAUCGUGUUUCCUGUAUCCACUGGCACCCCAAUGCUCGCACACCAUGUUGAGUGGGCACAAUCUGAGACUUGGCCACUACCCCUAUUCAAGAUGGAAAAUCGUAAGAAUGCAGCCGCGUGCCGUUUUGUCAUUUCCAUACAUGACGAUGAACAUAAAUACCUCCGAGGGCAUGUUGUGAAAGAUGUAACCGUGUACCCAUAUGCGGGAGCACUAAUGUGCGUGUGGGACACUCUGUCGAUGGUAUAUGGGGUGGAGCGACAGCAUAUAUCAGUAAGAUUCCAGGAUGUUCACUUCAAAGUACAACCUUUGUUGCAUGAGCAGCAUCAGUUACGCCUGAAUGUCAAUUUGCAUCGUGGUACUGGAAGGUUUGAGGUAACUACAGACAAUUCAGAAAUUAUAUCUGGGUAUAUAAUUCGGAAAUAUGAAAGAGGGGUGUUUAAAGAAGAAUUUAAUGAAGAAUUAAUUUUAACGUCGGAGGAUGUCUCCAAACUAUUGAAGACCAAGGAAUAUAAUUUCUCCGGAGACUUUUUAAGCAUCAAAAAUGCGGCCACAUCUUUUAAUCAAGCUAAAAUACUCUGGAAAAAUAAUUGGGUGACGCUGAUUGACGGCUUACUUCAAUUAACUAUGCUACAGCAAAGAUCGGGCGUUUCUGAGUUGGAUUACAUCCGUCAAAUUGACCUGAAUGUAAAAGAACUAUUUAAUAUUGAGACGGAUCAAAUUAAUAAUAACAAUUCAGUUCUGGUUGAUGGUUAUGUUUCGGAUACCCUAGACGUUUCUUGGUGUCCUGGAGUAUCACUUCAUAAUGUCAGAUUCCGUUCUCUCCAAGCGAGCAACGGGAAUGUUUCUUUAAAAGUAAACAAAUUUGUGCCUCAUUUCCCUAAGGGAAUAAGUAAUGAAACAUCCGCGCUUUCGGUGUUCUUCCAAAUAAUAGCUGAAAAUUUAAACAAAAGCACAAUACAUGCAUUAGUUGUUGACGAGGCCGGCCCUAAGUUUGGUCAAUUGAAAGCCAUUACUCGAGAGAUUCCGGGGGUCAAAGUAAACCUUGCAUGUGUAGAAAAGAGUAGUCUUAACAAACUCACCAAUAUUGAAAACCAAUUUCAUGUAUUGCUUCUAUCUGACCUAUCAUUCCAGGAAUCUAUUACAGAAACCCUACAUAACAUCCUUCCACGUGGUUUCUUUAUCAUAAACAAGGAAUUCUCGGAACCAAAACAAAGAUUGGCUUCUCUCUACAGCCCAUUGUCAAUGCACAACACUUCUAAUGCUAAAGUCCAACUGCUGCGUUGGCGCCCAACCCCAUCCUGUUCCAUUUCUAGCACAGUCGCUGUUCAGUCUACUAAGGAUAUUGCUUUGUUAAACACCAGGCUUUCCCAACUUCCUCCUAAUCAUAACCUCGUUAUAGUAUCCACAUAUCCAUAUAUCUCAGAGUUGAAACAGUUAGUACAACAACGGAGGAAUGUGAGCGUCGGAAACGAUAAAAAUAUAUUCUUGAUGGAACUAAACCAAAGUUUGAAAGAAAAGAGUUUGAGAACUCUACCAUCUCUAAAUCUAACUUUCAAUACAUUGGAUCACGGCGUCCUGGGAGGCAAAUACUACCUGCCGGUAGAAAGUCAAGCGCAAUUCACGAGAAAUGCAAUACUCCAGACCUCUAACAUUGGAGACAUCGAUUCAUUGACCUGGGUUGAAGCCCCUGAGCUUUCGGGAGCAGGGAUUGAUGUAGAGGUACACUAUUCUACAUUGAAUAGCCUCGAUGCAAAAAGGUGCAUGGGAGCGAUACCUGUUGAUUUUAAUUCGGACCUAACGUUUGGAAUGGACUUUAGUGGUGUGACUGAAAAUGGAGUCCGUGUGAUGGGUAUUAUUAAAUCGGGUUCCGUGAGUAAAAUGGUGCGAGCCAAGAGUGAGCAAUUAUGGCCUGUGCCUGCGCAUUGGACCCUUGAGGAUGCCGCUACCGUGCCUUUGGCCUACUGUUUGGCCUUCUACUGCUUGACCAGCAGGAGUCGCUUAGUACCUGGUAUGAGAAUUCUAGUUCAUGGUGGAACAGGAGCAUUAGGCCAAGCUACAAUCUCCAUUGCACUCGCCUUUGGCUGUGAAGUUUUUACCACGGUCAGUGACCAGGCGAAGAAGCAAUUCGUUAGAAAACUCUUCCCUCAAUUGAAAGAGGACCAUAUCGGUAACUCCCGAGACCACACCUUUGGAGACAUGGUGAUGUCAGCUACGAACGGUAGGGGUUGCGAAAUCAUCAUCAGCUGCGCAAAUAAGGAGUUAAAGAAUGUGUCAAUUAGAUGUCUGGGCGAAUACGGGGUCUAUUACGAUGCUAGUCUAUUACACGAACAUGAAAACUUUUUCCUGGGAAUGAAUCACUUUACAAAAUGCCGCUCUUAUGCCACCAUUGAUCUACGCGGUAUUUUUGACAAUGAAAAUGAUAUGAAGCGCUUGCAAGUACUCGUAAGCGAAGGAAUAGCGCGUGGCUACGUGCGUCCUCUGUCCCGUGUAUCGUUCCCGCCCAGUGACGUCUCUCGGGCCUUCCGUCUCUUGGCUGCAAGUAGACAUCGCGGACGAGUGCUUCUUGAAAUGCAGCAGCCCAUUCCUGAUGUUAAACCCAGGCUCCAAAUAUCACCUGAAUCAUGCAAUUUGAUCAUAUCAGACGACGAUGUAUUGGCGAUACAGCUGGCUGAUGGGCUGGUCACACAAGGAGCUAAACAACUAUACAUUCAGGCGCCUUAUUCUAACGCCUUUCUCGUUAAACAGAGAUCGUGGCAAAGGGCUGGAGUACACUCAGUAAUCGACAGACAAGGACUCUGGAACAAAAAUUAUUGUGAUAUUCUCAUUAAAAAAAGUAGAGUUUUGGGGGAAAUCGAGGUGAUAUACACGAUUGUCUGUAAACAACAGAAGAACACUGAUGUUACUAAGUAUUUAAACAAUUUAAUAUCAGUCGUAGAAACCUUAGUCCCAAAUCUCAAACACCUUGCCGUUAUUGAUGUGGGUAAUAAUAUCAGUGAUGACGAAAUAAGAUCACCAAUUGAUCAUUAUCCAAACUUAACAAUUAUCAAAUCACGAGCACUUGAAACGGAGCAAGGUGCAUUAUCAAUAAAGCCAAUGCUAAAAGUACUGGAACAAGGUUUGAAAUCCAAAGAACCUGUGGUUCUGGUAUAUGAGCUUCCUAAGGAGAAUUAUUUGUUAGAAGAACUCGCUAAUAUUGCUAAAUUUUAUCUACCAACAAAUCUUAUGAAUACCCUAACUCUUAAGGAGUUCUGCAAGGACUCAAUCGCACUGAUUCCAGUGAGAGCGCACUUGCGCGAUAAGUAUCACGUCAUACUGUCUGAAGAGGAGAUACCAGAUCUUACCAUAAGCCGGAUCAAGAAACUUGAAGAAAGUCUUUUAGAAUUGACAUUUACGGAGGUCGAAGGUUUUGCAAGUUUUUACUCACCGAUAGAUGCCGAUGAACUUCAUGGUACUACGGAAAUGGUUUUUCUUCCCACAUUAUUGAAAUCGAUUCAUAUGGGGCAUGAUGAAUUUGACGUAAACCAAAAGUUCUUAUGCGUGGUACCAGGUCUGGAAGGACACAAUGGAAGAUUCACACUUUUAUGUGAGAGACUCAAGUUAUUAGCGUUAGUACUCCAACCUGCCUUGACACAUCCAAAUGAAACACUGCAGGAGUUAGCAGCUAGAUUUGCUGGGGUUUUGAUGAAAAGAACUGGUACUGUCGGUCACUUUUAUCUAAUGGGAUAUGAGACUGGUGUCAUAGUGGCGUUAGAAAUGGCUAAAAUCCUCGAGGAACAUGGUCUCAAGGGAACUGUAUUCUGUUUGGGUGGAGGACCUAAACAUGUUCUGGCGGAAGUCAAUCAUAUUCUUAACCAAUAUAAGAGCGAAGAAGAACUACAAAAUGAAUUAAUACAACACAUGCUACGAAUGAACUUGGGUAAUGAUAGUUUCAACAUUGAGCUAAAAGGCACCUGGGAGGAAAAAGUAUCUUCAUAUAUCAAAUAUCUCACGGGAAAAGUUUCUUCAUCUUUGCAAUACAGCCGAGACUACGUCUUGUGCGCAUAUGGCCGGAUAAAGCAAAUCCGACAGUGCAAAGUCCAAGUUACACCCCUAAAAUCUCAGGUCAUAUUCCUGAAAUCCAGAGUUUCAGUUGAAUUCUGUGAUUCGUUCCAGAACUAUUCUGAACAACCUGUGAUUGUUUAUGAACUGAAUACUUCUUUGGCCAAUGUGACUAAAGAUUUGCAGUGUACGGCAAUUGUUAAUAGGCAUUUAGAUGAGGAAAUUCUGCAAGCUUUUAACAGAACCAAUCUUUGCUUUACAUACAGUUGCAAGGCUAGUUCUGGUGAAGAUUAUUAA